GUAAAGACAAUAACCACAUUAUUGUAACAUUACAGGGAACGAAUAAUAUGAUUGUUUAUCGUAGAUAAAAGUACUUUGGCUCCAAUUCCCAGCGUUCUAAUUAAGGACAAGUCAGCUGAUAUUGAUGAUGUCAUUCAAAACAAGACAGUUAACUUUUGUCGUCCCAGGGCUUUGAAAACGACAUUCCACAAGAGGUAUUUUAAUUACAGGUAUGUAAUGUGUAGCUAGUCAUAUUAUCAUCUCCAGAAAUAUUGUCAGCAUAAGCUUCAAAGCAUAGUUUACCAAAGGGUAAAAUGCCAACGUAAAUAGAUUCGGUCAGCUAGCCAGCUAACGUCAGUUAGCAUACCAGGCACUGUAACGUUAGGCAGUGAGUGUUACGAUGGUUUAGCUAAACUAGCUAUCAGCUAUGUUUUAAAAAGGACCAUUUAGCUAGCUAAAUAGAUUUCGCUAUAUCCAGUAAGCAUUUUUUUGUUUUCCAAAUGUUUAUUUUCAGAGUAACCUAAGGAUGUCGAUUGUGAAAAGUGGCUUCCUCCAUCGGCAGAGUAAGUGGAGCUGUUGCUAGCUACACUGUCAUUAGUGCAGUACACAAGUCUGUCACAAACCUGGAGUGUAAUCAUUACUCCAAACGUUUUGCAACGAAAACUAGCGUUUCUAUUGGACAGAUUCAGGUAGGUUCCAAUAGAAGCGCUAGAUUUCGUUGCAGAAUUGUUUUCUAUAGUUUGUUUCUUCCUGACACUUCACAGAAUUUCCUCAUGUCUUUUUUCCAUACCACCAUGGCCUCAUUGCUCUUUGGGGCUUAGAACUGUGUUUGCACAAAGUGCUGGAGUAUUUUAAAUAAAACAUAAGUCAAUGAUACAGGCACUAUUCUGCGGCGGUGGAAGAGGAACUGGUUUGACCUGUGGUCUGAUGGGCGGCUGGUUUUCUAUGAUGACCAGCACCGGCGAGAUAUGGAGGAUGAGAUCCACAUGAGAGUGGACUGCAUUAACAUUCGCAGUGCAACUGCAUGUCAAGGUACUUGACUACCUACAUCUGUUAUACUUUUCUAUUCUCUCAACUCGCAAUAGGAUAAAAUGUGAACCCCCCCCACACUACCACUGACUUUGCUGAUAGCUAUUUCAUUGAGGAAAAAUGUACUUACUAUGACUGAGAUGUGGUUGUCCCACCUAGCAAUCUUAAGAUGAAUGCUCUAACUGUAAGUCGCCCUGGACAAGAGCGUCUACUUAAUGACUAAAAUGUAUCCACACCAUCCCAUCAACCACCUGUUCCAUCCACCUUUUCACUGUCCACAGAUCUGAACCCUCCAGAGGGCAGAAGUCGAGAUGCCCUGCUCCAGAUAGUCUGCAGAGAUGGACGGGUCAUCAGCAUUUGUGGAGACAGUGCAGAUGAUGCUCUGUAAGACAUCUCUCCCAUUGUAAUCAAUAUGACAGUGAUUAGUUGUGUCUAUAUGGGUUAGCCUGCUGAAAACUCAUGUCAAUUCUUGUUUUCCCAUCGUUGUUUCAGGGCAUGGACCAUGGCUCUCCAGGAUGCCAGAAUCAGCUCUGUGAGUUUCUGCUGGUCUGCCAAGACCCUCUGCCUGCAUAUCCUAGACUACUUAUGGACAGUAUUAUAGCUCAGGUCUUAAUUGAUUAGUUGUAUAUUUUUAUUCACAUCCAAAACAUUCCAUGGAGAUAACAUUUAUCUAUAUUUUAGGUGGUCGCUCCGCCUCAGAUUGGCUUUCCGCAGCAGAUCGUUCCUUCUGCCCCUCCUCCGUAUUCUGAAUAUGGUCCUCCACCUCCGGUACGUACAUGUGAGCCUGCUGCCUAGACUUUACAUUUGUAAAUAUGCUUUGAGCAGUCAUUGUGUCACUUAUGCUCUUUCACCUGGAUUUCUGUCUUGAAAUGUAGUUACCUUGAUCAGUGAAAAAGGAAACCAUUGUAAAUCCUUAGUUUAUAGUACAUAUAUAUAUAUAUAUAUAUAUAUAUAUAUAUAUAUAUAUACACACACAGUGCCUUCAGAAAGUAUUCAUACCCCUUUACUUAUUCCACAUUUUGUUGUCUUACAGCCUGAAUUCAAAAUGGCUUACUUUUUUUUCUUUCUUCUUCUUACCAAUCUACACGCAAUACCCUUAAGGCCAGUGAAAACAUGUUUUUAGACAUUUUUGCUAAUUUAUUGAAAAUAAAAUAUAGAAAUAUCUCAUUUACAUGAGUACUCACACCCGAGUCAAUACUUUGUAGAAGCACCUUUGGCAGCGAUUACAGCUGUGAUUCUUUCUGGGUAAGUCGCUAAGAGCUUUCCACACCUGGAUUGUGCAACAUUUGCCCAUUCUUUAAAAACAUUCUUCAAGCUCUACCAAAUUGGUUGUUGUUCAUUACUAGACAACCAUUUUCAGGUCUUGCCAUAGAUUUUCAAGUAGAUUUAAGUCAAAAACUUAAGGCAGGAACAUUCACUGCCUUCUUGGUAAGCAUGUCCAGUGAAGAUUUGACCUUGUGUUUUAGGUUAUUGUCCUGCUGAAAGGUGAAUUAAUCUCCCAGAGUCUGGUAGAAGGCAGACUGAACCAGGUUUUUCUCUAGGAUUUUGCCUGUGCUUAGCUCCAUUUCUUUUAUCCUGAAAAACUCCCCAGUCCUUAACAAUUACAAGCAUACCCAUAACAUGAUGCAGCCACCACUAUGCUUGAAAAUAUGGAGAGUGGUACUCAGUAAUGUGUUGUAUUGCAUUUGCCACAAACAUAACACUUUGUAUUCAGGACAAAAAGUUUAUUGCUUUGCCACAUUUUUUGCAGUAUUACUUUAGUGCCUUGUUGCAAACAGGAUGCAUGUUUUGGAAUAUUUUUAUUCUGUACAGGCUUCCUUCUUUUCACGCUGUCAAUUAGGUUAGUAUUGUGGAGUAACUACAAUGUUGUUAUUAUUAUUUGUUGAUCCAUCCUCAGUUUUCUCCAAUCACAGCCAUUACACUCUGUAACUGUUUUAAAGUCACCAUUGGCCUCAUGGUCAAAUCCCUGAGCGGUUUCCUUCCUCUCCGGCAACAUAACUAGGAAGGACGCCUGUAUCUUUGUAGUGACUGGGUGUAUUGAGACACCAUCCAAAGUGUAAUUAAUAACUUCACUAUGCUCAAAGGGAUAUUCAAUGUCUGCUUUUUUUGGUACUCAUCUACCAAUAGGUGCCCAUCUUUGCGAGGCAUUGGAAACCCUCGCUGGUCUUUGUGGUUGAAUCUGUGUUUGAAAUUCACUACUCGACUGAGGGACCUUACAGAUAAUUGUAUGUGUGGGGUACAGAGAUGAGGUAGUCAUUAAAAAAUCAUGUUAAAAGCUAUUGCACACAGUGAGUCCAUCCAACUUAUUAUGUGACUUGUUAAGCAAAUUGCCAUAACAAAGGGGUUGAAUACUUAACUUCAGACAUUUCAGCUUUUAAUUUGUAAACAUUUCGAAAAACAUAAUUCCACUUUGACAUUAUGAGGUAUUGUGUGUAGGCCAGUGACAAAAAAUUUAAAUGUAAUCCAUUUUACAUUCAGGCUGUAACACAGCAAAAUAUGAAAAAAAGUAAAGGGGUGUGAAUACUUUCUGAAGGCACUGUAACAUGGUGUAUAUGCUAUAUAUUUUGGUUUAGGAUAAAUGUUACUAUACGGCUUGCAUCAGUUCUCUAGAUACCAGGGCAGUAGUGGUAGGAGUCUCCCCAAUAGUGACAAGUCAUUUCUGCCUUUCCAACAGGUUUAUGUCCCGGACGCUUAUGGAGGCUAUGCCCCAGCUCCUCCUGCCCAUGGCACACAGAUCAUUUACUCCGCUGAUGGGCAGUCCUAUGCGGUUGCAUACCCCUAUCAGUACCAAGGUACGCACAGGGUGAAUGCCCACUUUUAUAGUUUGCAUGCUCCCGAAGGAAUGUCAAAGGUUACAUUGAUAAUUACAUUUAAUUAAAUGUUUCUUCAUUCUUUUAAUGGAUAUAAUCUUUCAGUUACUAUUUUGCAAUAUAACUUUUUUCACCAUUCUAACUGCAGUUCAUGUGUCCUACCAUGAUUUGUAGGAGCAUAUCCUAUGAGGGAUCCCCAAGGGAUGAAUCAGGUUAUUGUUCACGAGCGUCAACGUGACGAUGGAGGAGACGUGGCUCUCAGCAUGCUCGCUGGAGCUGCGACUGGAUUGGCUCUUGGCUCUCUCUUCUCUGUCUUCUAGUGUCUUCAUAGGAACAGCUUACAACGAUACCCAUCCCCAACUGACACACACCAUUCCCACAUGUUGGUAGCACUGCAACUUCAUCUCUGUAGCCAUGUGACAGAGAUGGAGGAGUUAAAUGUAUGUGAUGGUUGGGCUUUGUUCACCAAUGAGGCAUGAUUGUGAUGUGCCAGUGAAUUACUCCUUUUGUGUCCUUACCAAAGCUCUUGAUGUAUUAACGCUCUAGCACUUUCUAUUAGGCACAGUAGCUAUCAUGCAGCUUGCCUCUUCUGUUUGUACUGCCUCUCCUUUUGUUUGAAACACGAAUGUACUUUUGAAUAAACGCAAAUGAUAAUUGGAUAUUCUAACCCACAUUUGAAGGAAAGGUUUUGAUAUGUAUGUAGACUUUAUUUCAUCCUUUCAGGUCUAGCAAAUGUCAAGUGUUCUAACUGAUGUCCCAUGUAGUAGAGUGGUCAAUAAGAAUGUGAGAAAAGAGUGUUUGUUUAGUGGCACCUGCCUGAGCGUGUAGACUACAUUUCUUUGUUCCUUUUCUGAGCCUUGUGCGUCCUGAUUCUUCACCUAAAACCGGUCUUACAUCCAAUGUGCUUUCGCAAGGUUUUUCACACAUUUUUUUUCAUCUACUUUGACUUUGGGAUUUUACUCGCCUUCAUAUGUUGUUACUUGGUUAUUGUCAUUCCUUCAACAUGGUAGGGUAUUAGAUAUAUUUGUUAAGAGGAAGUGAAAAUGGGAUUGUUUUUCUUCUUUACCAUUAUUGUUUUGUUUUCCCAUUACUCCAUUGUCAGCUGUUAAACCAUAUCUUUUAUUUUAUCUCAUGUUUGAAUGGAUUUUCAGGAGAUGCAUGUGUUUGUUAGGGUAUGCAGAAGCAUCAUCAGGUUAAUCUUAAGUUUAAAAGCUGCUACAACAGAGAACUGAAUGAUACUCCUUGACAUUUUAAUUGUUUUGACUUUACUCACACUCCCAAAAUGAUUUUUAAAUAUCUAACUGUAUUUUUCCUGUUACUGGUAUUAAUGGUAUAUUUGACUAAUUACAUUAUGUGCUCUUUGGUUAAGUGGAUAAGUUACUAGUUAAAUAAUUGAGUGGCCUCAUUGUUCUGUAUCACUGAACACAUCAGAGAGACUGGUUUAUCACCUAUUAACCUUUUUAUAUUCAAUUUCAAAGUCUUAUAUUUAAUUGAAAGUUACGCCACCUUGUAUAGACAUUUGGAAUACUAGGUUAUGUUUCCUCUUUUGACAUGAAAGUUGUAUACAGUAAUUUAUGAUAUCAGAUUAUAUUUAUUAGGUAACAAAUGAAGUGAAAAUCAUUAUACCUUACAUUUCAAAUGGAAAACAUGAUUUGUUAUGCAGAAUUAAUGCAUUGUUUAUUGCUCUUUAGCGAUGUAUGACAUUUUAACAAUUAUGUAUUAAAUUAUCAUUAAGUUCACAUGAAUUCACUUUUGAAACUAUAUGUAAAUCCUAGCAACUUCUGAGUUCCACCUUGGCUCAAGGUAAGCCGCUUGAUGUCACAUGGGCUUGAUGUCACUUUUCCACUAAUUAGUCUUUUGAC